AUGAGUUGUUCGCAUUUACUACCUGCAGCGGAAGGUGCAUUCAAGAAACUAAAGCCAGAGCCUGGUGGGAAUGGAACUGGGUCUGGGAGCUCAGCUUUAUCACCUUCGCUGGGACCUCAACAUGCGGGACAUACUCCAACAACUGCCUCAUGUCCUACACCUGCAAGACGAAGACAUAGAACUACAUUUACACAGGAACAAUUAGCAGAAUUAGAAGCAGCAUUCGCGAAGUCACACUACCCCGAUAUUUACUGCAGAGAAGAGUUAGCGAGAACGACAAAACUUAACGAAGCGAGGAUACAGGUCUGGUUUCAAAAUCGUCGAGCAAAAUACCGUAAACAAGAGAAGCAGUUGCAAAAAGCGUUAGCUCCAGCGGUGCUCCCAGGCUGCAAUGGUAUGAUGAGGAACAUCCAGGGAUACCGAGGUUACCAGCCCUACCCGCACCCCAAUACUAUCAAUAGGUAUCCACAGCAUCAUGGAAGUUAUGAAGAGUUGCAGAAGGACAUCUUCUCUUUAUCUCAGAUGGGUGGAGGAUCAUACCCCAUGCCUCAAGGUUUCUCAAUGGGCCACAGUGCGAAUAUGAGUGCGGUUGGCAUGCGACAGGAUACUAUGGGCAUGACCGCGGAGGACGAAUGGUACAACAAGUCGCUAUCAGCAUUACGUAUGAACACAGGGCACCAUGCAAACCUGGCCGCAGCGCCGAUGCUGCAGUACCAGACCUAA